UCAGGUGGUGGGCACCUUCGCGUUCCCGGCCGGUUUGGCUGGUGUAGCGCGCGGGGAACUGCGGGUUGGUUGGGAGUGGAAGGAAAGUUUCGGAAGAGGCGUCGUUCCCGCCGCGGAGGCCGCAGCGAGGCUCUCCUGUCCCCGCCCGGUCGCCCGCCGCUCCCCGCCCCGCUCUUCCCGCCCGUCGUUGGCGGAGUCCGCGCCGAGGAAGCCGGCUCAGGUUCUGCUUUCAGCAGACGCACUUAUGGACCCUGCACCGAGCUCUGUGACCUUUGAGGACGUGGCUGUGUACUUUUCUCAGGAGGAGUGGAGGUUUCUUAACAAGGCUCAGAGACACUUGUACCGCGAUGUGAUGCUGGAGGUCUUUGCGCUUGUUUCCUCACUGGGUGGCAGCCGGGGAGCACUGGAGGCGGCGGCACCCUCUGAGCAGAAUGUGUCUGGAGGAGGGUCACAGAAGGCCUACACCCAGGACUGUAGCCUGGACUCAGAAGGUGGUUUGCAGCCAGCUGAGAGGCUGGGUACAAACCCUGGCCAGACCGUCUGUGGGAUGCAGGGGGAAGUUCACCAGCAUCCGAAGCAGCACAGUGGGGGGCAGCCCCUUGGAAGGAACGUGCAAAGGUGUGCCACCCACACGUCAGGGAAGCCCUUCCCUGCUAGCUCAGGCCUUCUCCAACACCAGCUCCUUCACAGCCAGGAGACACCCCCUAAGGCCACCGACUGCACGGAGUCUUUUGACAGUGGACAAAAGGACUACCAGUGCAGUGACUGCGGGAAAGUGUUCUGUCGCAAAUACAGACUUGCUCAGCACCGGAGGGUGCACACCGGAGAACGGCCUUACAAGUGUGCUGAGUGUGGGAAAACCUUCAGCUACAAACACAUACUUGUCCAGCACCAGAGAGUGCACACCGGGGAGCGGCCUUAUGAGUGCAGCGAGUGCAGCAAAGCCUUCAGUAACAAACCCACGCUGGUGCGCCACCAGAGGAUUCACACUGGAGAGCGGCCUUAUGAAUGCAGCCACUGUGGGAAGUUCUUCAGCCAGAGCUCCAGCCUUAGUGAACACGAGAGAAUUCACACUGGGGCACGGCCUUACAAAUGUGGGGAGUGUGGAAAAUUCUUCACCUCCAACUCCAACCUAAUUAAACACCGGAGAGUGCACACGGGAACAAGGCCUUAUGAGUGCAGUGAGUGUGGGAAAUUCUUCAACCAAAGUCCCAGCCUCAUCAAGCACCAGAGAAUUCACACUGGUGAAAAGCCUUAUGAAUGUAGCGACUGUGGGAAACUCUUCAGCCAAAGCUCCACCCUCAUCAAGCACCAGAGAGUUCACAGUGGAGUAAGACCUUACAAGUGCAGCGACUGUGGGAAACUCUUCAGCCAAAGUUUUGGCCUCACUCAACACCAGAGAGUUCAUAGUGCAGAAAAACCCUAUGAGUGCAGUGGAGGCGGACAAUUCUCUAGCCCGAGCACACAACUAACUCAGCACUGCAAAGUUCACACAGCAGAAAGUCGUGAGUGCGGCAGCUGUGACAAAGUCUUCAGCCACAAGUCUGCUCUGAUGCACCACCAGCAAGUGCACAGCCCAGCCCACCCUUUCCAGUGCACCGAAUGUGGCAAAGCCUUCGGCCGGGGGUCUAACCUCAUUCAGCACCAUAAAGUUCAUCCAGGAGAAAGGCCUUACAACGCAGGUGGAGAAUGAGCCGGGCUGUUUAACACGGCAGCGUGCGGUGUCCUGGGUGGUGAUGCUGUUCCCCAGCUUUGUAGGCAUUAGCAGGGGUAGAUAGAUGGUAUCAUGGCACCGAAUGUCCUAGUCUUUUUGCCCUCCGCCCCCCGCCUCCUAGGACAAGUGACUAAUCUUGUAAUCCAAAUGUCGGGGUUUUCUGUGGGUCUAGAGGUUUCCCUCAGAGGACAGUUGUAUUUUUUGGAUCAGCCUCUUUUCAUAGUGGAGGACACAUAAUGACCCUCUUCGGUAUUACUGGUCUCCCUGGGAUCGUGGCUGGUUUAUAGGAAGGUUUUUGCAGAAAUUGAGGCCUUUUAGAGCCAACUGCUCCAGUUCAAAAGCAGAACUAGAACUCCAGACAUGAAGGGAGAGGAGUGUGAUUUUUGUGACCCAUAGAUAUUAGCUCGCCCCUAUCCAGGGGAACUGCAGGCCAGAGGUGCAGCGAUCCACACCUGCAGCAUACUUAAAAUGUACUUUUCAUGAGGCUGGUUCCGACGGGGCUAUGCACUAAACAAAGAUGCAACAGUUGGUAACUGCCCUCAGUAUUUUUGUCUUCUUUUGACAGAGGAGGAGGAAAAGUGGAGGAAAAGUGGGGAUGGGAAAGGGAGGCAGGCUUCCCACCCCGGGCCUUGGCGCCAGGACCCCACAAGUCAUGAGUCAAGAUCUGAGGUAAAGGCAGGUGCAUAAGGAUAGAGCCACCCACGUGUCCCAGUAUUUUCAUCUUGUAACAUCGAAUAGGGGACUUUUAAAAACCUGCCGAGAUGACACACUAAUUAUUAGUUCAUCCUUUCCCCUCAAUAAGGGGGUUUCUGGUUUGCAGAGUGGGGCCUGUCACAAAAGCCUACCGUGAACACACAACCCCUCUCAUAGAAUGUAUCUUGCUGUGCUUGGCAGCGCAGAAGCUGGCGGCUCUAAUAAUGCAUUGGUCACACCAGGUCUAUCUUCACGAAGUUUGAAAUGGUCACAUUUAUUCAAGUCUCUAAAGAGUGUGUUGUGUAACACUGUGCUUGAAUUACGCCUUUCCCUUACCAAGUCGCUCACUUUGCUACCUGUAAGCUUUCCGAGUGCUAAUGAAGGGGAGGGGGUGUUGGAACUCUGCUUGUGCAAUAAAAAUAAACCACUGGCUGUUUUCA